AUGGCCUUCGCCAGCCUCCUGGAGCACGUGGGCGGCAUGGGGCGCUUCCAGGUGCUCUCGGUGCUGCUGCUGUCCCUGCCCGUGCUGAUGAUGGCCAGCCACAACCUUCUCCAGAACUUCACCGCGGCCACCAGCGACCACUGGUGCCGCCCGCGCCCCGGGGCCAACGCCACCGGCCUGGACGCCGAGGCCCUGCUGAGGGUCUGGGUGCCCCGCGGGGAGCGCUGCCGGCGCUUUGUGACACCCCAGUGGUGGCUUCUGGACACCAACGGCUCGGAGGCCACCAACAGCUCCUGGCCGGAGACGGAGCCGUGCGGGGAUGGUUGGAGCUACGACCGCAGCGCCUUCACCAGCACCAUCAUCACCGAGUGGGACCUGGUGUGCAGCUCGCGGGGGCUCAAGCAGCUGGCGCAGUCGCUCUACAUGGCCGGGGUCCUGGUGGGCGGCGUCUUCGGGGGGCUCUCGGACAGGUUCGGCCGCCGCUUGGUGCUCACCUGGUGCUACCUGCAGAUGGCCGCCAUGGGCACCUGCUCGUCCUUCGCGCCCACCUUCAGCGUGUACUGCCUGUUCCGCUUCCUGACGGGCAUGGCCUUCUCGGGCAUCGUCCUCAACAGCGUCUCCCUGUCUCUGGAGUGGAUGCCGAUGCACAUGCGGGCGCUGGUGGGCACCUUCAUGGGCUACUGCUACACGGUCGGGCAGUUCCUGCUGGCCGGCGUCGCCUUUGCCGUCCCCGACUGGCGCCAGCUGCAGCUCGUGGUGUCCCUGCCCUUCUUCGGCUUCUUCCUCUACUCCUGGUGGCUGACGGAGUCGGCGCGGUGGCUCGUCAUGGUGGGGAGGCCCCACCAGGCCCUGCGGGAGCUCCAGAAGGUGGCCAGGAUCAACGGGAAGAAGGAGGAAGGGGACAAGCUCGACAUAGAAACCCUGAAGUCCCACAUGGAGAAGGAGAUGACGUCGUCCAAGACCCGCCACACCGUGGUUGACCUGGUCCGGACGCCGGUCCUGCGCCGCGUCUCCUUCUGCCUCUGCUUCGUGUGGUUCUCCACCAGCUUCGCCUACUACGGGCUGGCCAUGGACCUGCAGAACUUUGAGUUCAACAUCUACGUGAUCCAGCUGAUCUUUGGCGCCGUGGACAUCCCGGCCAAGCUGGUGUCCAUCCUCACCAUCACCUACGUGGGGCGCCGCUUCACCCAGGCCGCCGCGCUCAUCCUGGCCGGCUUGGCCAUCCUGGCCAACGUCUUGGUGCCACGAGACCUCCGGACACUCCGGACAGCCCUGGCCGUCUUUGGCAAAGGUUGUUUGGCCGCGUCCUUCAACUGCGUCUUCCUCUACACGGGCGAGCUCUACCCCACCGUGAUCCGGCAGACGGGCAUGGGCAUGGCCAACACCAUGUCGCGGCUGGGCAGCAUCAUGGCGCCCCUGGUGAAGAUGGCGGGCGAGCUGUUCCCGGCGCUGCCCUUCGUCAUCUACGGCGCCGCGCCCGUGGUCUCGGGGCUGGUGGCCGCCUUCCUGCCCGAGACGCGGAACGUGGCCCUGCCCGAGACCGUGGAGGAGGUGGAGGGAAGCCCAACCCCUCCAGCAACUCCACAGGGCCCCGUUAGUGCCACCCCCACCGGGGCACCCCAAAACCCUCAUCCCUCGCUGCUCCUGAUGGACGAACGAGCAGAUUUGGGGUUGGAGGAGCUUCAUGAAGAGCAGAGGGACAGCAGUGACCACAAGGACCCAGCCGCCCCCUCCGUGUGGAUUGGGGGGACGCUGGGGUCCCCAAAUCUCCACAUCGAGGACGGUUCGGCCAUGCUGGAAUAA